AUGGCUACUCGUAGCUUUCAUGCUCAUCAUUUCCUUCAUUUCGAGUUUUACUUGUUCUUAUUUUAUAUUGUUCCUUCACUACAUGCAAUACAAUUCAGCUUCCAGGGUUUCUCACCUAAUAACCUGGCCACAAAUGGCAAUGCUUACAUCAUGGAUGGUGAACUAUCGCUCACUGAAAACCGAGUUGAUACUACUCUUAAAUAUAGCGUUGGUCGUGCUAUAUUUCCCAAGGAAAUGCUUCUCUCAGACCCUGUCACGGGUGUGGCAACAGAUUUUAUUACACAUUUCUCCUUCAACAUAUCAACGCUCAACAAGCAAGAUGGAGGGGAUGGCUUUGCAUUCUUCAUUGCUCCUAAUGGCAUAAACAUUCCAGCUGAAGCUCGGGGAGGAUGCAUGGGGCUAAUUAGCAACUGUUCUAAUUUCAAUGCAUCCCAACUUGUUGCUGUUGAGUUUGACACUUUCAAGAAUGAGUGGGAUCCAAGUGACAUUCAUUUGGGUAUAAAUAUAAACUCCAUCAGAUCAGUAGCCACCGUGAAAUGGGAUCAAAGCAUGAAAAAUGGAUCCUUAGGAAAUGUAUGGAUCACUUAUGAUUCUCGAACGAGUAAUUUAAGUGUCUUUCUAACAUUCCUGGGAAAUCCCAUUUUUAUUAAGGGGAAGAAUUCUAGUCUUUCACAUCCAGUCAAUCUGUCAGAAGUUUUAACAGAGAGGGUCAAUGUUGGAUUCUCAUCUGCUACUGGCAAUUUCUCUGAGAUGCACUAUAUUCUUUCGUGGGAGUUUAAUUCAACAAAAAAUCAAGGAGGAGCACAUGUUGGACCGAUAGUAGCAGCUGGUGGUGGAUCUGUUAUUGUAGUUGUGACAAUUUUAAUAUUGGUGUUUUACAAGUGGAAGAGAAGUCAAAGCAAGAAAAAAGAGGAUUCCGAACAAGAAGAUUUCAUGGACCAGGAAUUUGAAUAUGGAAGUGGACCAAGAAGGUUUUCUUAUGAUGAAUUGGUUCAAGCUACAAAUAACUUCAACCAAGAAAGAAAACUUGGUGAAGGAGGCUUUGGGGGAGUUUAUAGAGGCUUUCUCCCUGUUUUGAAUUUAAACAUUGCGGUGAAAAGGGUCUCUAAAAUGUCAAAACAAGGAAGAAAGGAGUAUAUGGCAGAGGUCAUGAUUAUUAGUAAAUUGAGACAUAAGAAUCUGGUGGAACUUAUUGGUUGGUGUCACGAGAAGGGUGAGUUCCUUCUAAUUUAUGAGCUCAUGCCCCAUGGCAGCCUGGAUUCUCAUCUUUUUGGAGAUCAAAAUCACCUAUCAUGGGAACUUAGGUACAAGAUAGCCCUUGGUUUAGCCUCUGCAAUACUCUAUCUUCAGGAAGAAUCGGAACAAUGCGUGGUACAUAGAGAUAUCAAAUCAAGCAAUAUAAUGUUGGAUUCAAAUUUCAAUCCCAAGCUCGGGGAUUUUGGUUUGGCAAGGUUAAUGAGCCAAGAAUCAGGACUCGAGAUGACAGUCUUGGCUGGAACAUUUGGUUACAUGGCACCAGAAUACGCUAGUAAAGGACAGGUCAGUAAAGCAUCAGAUGUCUUUGGCUUUGGGGUGGUGGCCUUAGAAAUUGCAACUGGGAGGAGAACAAUGGAGCACAAAAAUGAAGAGGAUCCUGUCUCAUUGGUUGCUUUGGUAUGGAACUCGUAUGAAAAUGGAAUGCUUCUUGAAGUUGCUGACGAGAAAUUGUGUAUGGAAUUUGAUAUGGAACAGAUGGAGUGCUUGAUGAUUGUCGGAUUAUGGUGUGCUCACCCUGAUCACAAUCUUAGACCAUCUAUAAGGCAAGCUUUACAGGUUCUAAAUUUUGAGGCACCAUUACCAAAUCUUUCCAAAAAGAUCUCUGUUCCCAACUUUGAUGUACCUAUGUCUCCGUCGAGUUCAUCCAAGCUCGAAAUCACCAAUUCUGUUGUUAUAACGGGUCGGUAG